AUGUGUUUCAGUAAGAAUCAGGCAGCAACAACAGCAGCUACGUGUCAGAGCAGCGUGGUGACGUCACCGCGCUUCAGACGAAACUUCUUCUCCUCCUUCUACACCUCCCUCGGCGUCUUCUCCUCCUACACCUUCCUCAGCUUCUUCUCCUCCUUCUACACCUUCCUCAGCUUCUUCUCCUCCUUCUACACCUUCCUCAGCUUCUUCUCCUCCUUCUACACCUCCCUCGGCAUCUUCUCCUCCUUCUACACCUCCCUCAGCAUCUCCUCCUUCUACACCUCCCUCAGCAUCUCCUCCUUCUACACCUCCCUCAGCAUCUUCUCCUCCUUCUACACCUCCCUCGGCAUCUUCUCCUCCUUCUACACCUCCCUCAGCAUCUUCUCCUCCUUCUACACCUCCCUCAGCAUCUUCUCCUCCUUCUACACCUCCCUCAGCAUCUCCUCCUUCUACACCUCCCUCAGCAUCUCCUCCUUCUACACCUCCCUCAGCAUCUCCUCCUUCUACACCUCCCUCAGCAUCUCCUCCUUCUACACCUCCCUCAGCAUCUCCUCCUUCUACACUUCCCUCAGCAUCUUCUCCUCCUUCUACACCUCCCUCGGCAUCUUCUCCUCCUUCUACACCUCCCUCGGCUUCUUCUCCUCCUUCUACACCUCCCUCAGCAUCUUCUCCUCCUUCUACACCUCCCUCAGCAUCUUCUCCUUCUACACCUCCCUCGGCAUCUUCUCCUUCUACACCUCCCUCGGCAUCUUCUCCUCCUUCUACACCUCCCUCGGCAUCUUCUCCUCCUUCUACAUCUCCCUCGGCAUCUUCUCCUCCUUCUACACCUCCCUCAGCAUCUUCUCCUUCUACACCUCCCUCAGCAUCUCCUCCUUCUACACCUCCCUCAGCAUCUCCUCCUUCUACACCUCCCUCAGCAUCUUCUCCUCCUUCUACACUUCCCUCAGCAUCUUCUCCUCCGUCUACACCUCCCUCAGCGUCUUCUCCUCCUUCUACACCUCCCUCAGCUUCUUCUCCUCCUUCUACACCUCCCUCGGCAUCUUCUCCUCCUUCUACACCUCCCUCAGCUUCUUCUCCUCCUUCUACACCUCCCUCGGCAUCUUCUCCUCCUUCUACACACAGUCCCUCAGGUUGGACACCCCUGAGAUGGUCACUGUCCUGGCGUCUCAGGUCCUUUCUGUGGUAAUGGAAGUAUCAGCGUCAGGAUUGGACGCAGCUGUGUCUGUUAUGCUGUGGAUUUAG